AUGAGCCAGAGGCAGGUUCUGCAAGUUUUCGAGCAGUACCAGCGCGCCCGGACGCAGUUCGUGCAGGCGGUGGCCGAGCUCGCCGCUCGGCCGCAGAACAUCGAGACCCUCCAGAACGCAGGUGUGAUGUCUUUGCUGAGACCUCUUUUGCUGGAUGUCGUCCCAACUAUUCAACAGACUGCUGCUUUGGCUCUUGGGAGACUUGCCAAUUAUAACGAUGACCUGGCAGAGGCAGUCGUGAAGGGAGACAUUCUUCCACAGCUCAUGUGUUCAUUGUCUGAGCAGAAUCGUUUCUACAAGAAAGCAGCUGCAUUUGUGCUAAGAGCAGUUGGUAAACAUUCCCCACAGCUAGCUCAAGCAAUAGUUCAGUGUGGAGCACUAGAAAUGCUUGUGAUUUGCUUGGAAGAUUUUGACCCUGGAGUCAAAGAAGCCGCAUCUUGGGCACUUGGGUAUAUUGCCCGACACAACUCAGAACUGUCACAAGCUGUGGUGGAUGCAGGCGCUGUUCCUCUUUUAGUGCUCUGUAUCCAGGAGCCAGAAAUUGCUUUGAAAAGGAUUGCUGCUUCAACUCUCAGUGAUAUUUCAAAGCAUUCUCCAGAGUUAGCACAGACAGUAGUGGAUGCAGGAGCUAUCGCUCACUUAGCUCAGAUGAUCCUGAACCCUGAUGCUAAACUGAAGCGUCAGGUGCUGUCAGCUCUAAGCCAAAUAGCAAAGCAUUCAGUGGAUCUUGCAGAGUUGGUGGUUGAAGCAGAAAUUUUCCCAGUUGUGCUCACAUGCCUGAAGGACUCAGAUGAAUAUGUCAAGAAAAAUGGUGCAACUUUAAUUAGAGAGAUAGCAAAGCAUACGCCUGAGCUUUCACAGCUUAUAGUAAAUGCAGGUGGAGUUGCUGCUGUGAUUGAUUGUAUUGGCAGCUGCAGAGGGACUGUCAGACUGCCUGGCAUCAUGAUGCUUGGUUAUGUAGCAGCUCAUUCGGAGAACCUGUCAAUGGCAGUGAUUGUCUCCAAGGGAAUACCACCACUGUGUGCCUGCUUGAUAGAAGAACAUGAAGAUCAUAUUAAGGCAGCAGCUGCUUGGGCCUUGGGGCAGGUUGGAAGGCAUACUCCUGAGCAUGCACGUGCUGUUGCAGUAGCCAACGUGCUACCCACACUGCUUGCUAUGUAUAUGGACACACGCAGUUCAGAAGAUCUUCAAAUGAAAACUAAAAAAGCCUUAAAGAACAUCCUUCAGAAAUGCACGUAUCUUCCAGCACUUGAACCAUUGCUGCAUGAUGCUCCUCCCAAUAUUAUGAAACAUAUUGUUGGGCAGUUUAGUAAGGUGUUACCACAUGACAGUAAAGCACGUCGUCUCUUUGUAACAACUGGUGGACUUAAAAAGGUUCAAGAAAUAAAAGCAGAACCUGGGUCACUGCUUCAGGAAUAUAUCAACACUAUUAACAAUUGCUAUCCAGAGGAAAUAGUAAGGUAUUAUUCCCCUGGAUAUUCUGAGAUACUUCUGGAAAGGGUGGAAAAUUACCAUCCAGUUUUAUAAACUUCAAUUUUUUAUUAGAGCUGUAUUUCACAUUUAUGCCUUUAUGACUGUAAUACAAAUACAGCUGUUGAAACUCGUUUGAUUCUGAAAUCUCCUUCUACUGUUUGAACUACUGAAAGAGCUCAGCAAUUCCAGCAAGCUAUAUUUUGUUCUUUAUAAACUUGUUUGUUGCUAAGUUUUUGUUCCUUUUUGUUUUUCUCUAACAUUACUACCAGAUAUUGCAGCAUAUAUGAAUGGAAUUUCAUGCAGGGGUGAUGAUUUAUCACAGAAGCUUUUUUAGAAUCAGUCAUUUCCUUUUCCUUCCACAAGAAAGCUUUGUUAUUAUCUCAUUCAAAUUUUAGCCUUCUCGGUACUGUAACCAUUUUCCCCUUUUGCCUUUGCAUGUUGUUUAGAGCUUCCCAAGCUUGAUGAGGGGGAAAAAGCUGGCCCCUGUGCUUUUUCUAAUUACAGAAUCCAUUCUGCACUGAGAUAUCUCCUACUGCUACCUUUCAGAAAGUAAAGUGAUGUGAUUUUGCAUCUCCAAAUAUUUUAGUGGCUGCUAAAUAAAGAAAUCAGAUCUGAUGAUGAUAAAAGGCCUGAAUUCUGCAUGAUAUGAUAGUGUGGUGGUCCUGGCAUAGUAGAUAAUACAUCUUCUGCAAAAGUCCUCCUAAUUAAGGCAGGAUUCACUGUGGAGGGAAGGAGCAAUACACUGGUGUAUGCAUCAUUGUUCCUCUUGGAAAGGACAGAGUGAACUUAGAACUUCCAUGAGCAGAAAGGGAAGGACCCUGGGAGGUUCCGCUCCAUUUGGGUCAGCAGCAAAUUUGUGCGGCUCAGAAGAGAGGAGAAUUGCUUGGCUGCAGGAACACUGUUAGCAAAGUUCUGAGCACAUUCAGAGGAAACCUGAGGAUAUGCGAGUCUCACUGAUUUGAGUGAUGGGACUAAGGCUGCUCAGUACUUAUUCUUCAGGAGCUGAAAUUGCUGCAGAAUUGAGUUGAAACGCACGUGGAACUUAGUCUUGAAGUUGCAGAUCACAUCAUCGUGGAGGUUCUUGGAGGUAUGAGCUCUUGCCUGUCUGUAGAACAUCCUGGAAAUAUUUUUGCCUUCUUAUGUAGAGUGAAAAGACUUUUACAUUCUGCUUACUCCUCUGGUGUACUGUAGCAGCAGGAAGCAGCAUAGAACCCUUUAGUAUUCCCUAAUAUGUAACUGUUCAUUUACCAUUUUUUGUUCCUCUAACCGUUUUUCUUUUCCUUGUAUGCAGCAGUUUUUGUUGUUUGUUUGUUUUUUUUUU